AUGUCAAUACCAGCCUACCACGAGUCUCUUCCCUAUAUCGACCAAGAGCCCACCGCCGCGGCCCUCGCCGCCGCGCGCGCCCUCAUCGACGGCGAGCUCGCCGCCUCCUCCCCGUCGCCUUCCUCGGUCCCCUCGCACCGCGAACCGUCCUUCACAGCGACCAUGACGACGGAGCUGCAGCGCAUCGCGUCCGCCACGCCUCUGCAGCCCCUCAACCUCUCGCGCUACGAAGCCCAGGAACCUCUGCCGCCCCCGGGCUCGGCCAGCGCCGCCGCCGCCCUGCUGCGCACCCCGCUCGAACGCGCCUACGUGUCCGCCGCGUACCUCGCCGCGCGCAACCAGAACCUGCAGCUCCUCGACCGCGCCGGCAAGAACGCCUGGCUGCUGUCCAACUACCACGUCGAGGCGCAGCUGCGCACGCUCGAAGCCGAGCUCGCCGCGACGAAGCGCGAGGUGGACCUCGUCAACGCCGCCCGUGCCACCAGGCAGAACGAGGUCGCGGCCGAGCUGCAGGGGCUCGAGGAGAAUUGGAAGACGAGAGUCGGCAAGGUCCUCGAGACGGAGAUUGCCGUCGAGGAGCUGAGACAGCAGAUUCGGGACGAGCUGCGGAGUCAGAACAGACCGCAAGAGUAA